AUGGGUAUGUUGACUGAUCUUAAGGUGCAUUUCGAAGGGGUUGAAGCAAAUUUGAAAGCUUACGUUUUGGCAGGUAACGGGAAAAAUUUAAUAGGAAGGCAAUGGCUUCAAGCCUUGGAUAUGUGGCCGAUAACUUUUAAACCUCAGUUUGCGUUGAAUUGCUUGAAUGAUCAUAACAGUAUUAUUUCACAUUUUAAAUCAAAAUAUCCCCAAUUGUUCGACAACAGCCCAAGUAAAUAUAAAGAUAAAUCUAUUAAACUAACUUUCAAAAAGGAUUAUCAACCAAUUCAAUGUAAACCUUAUCAUGUCCCUUUCGCUUUGAAAGACAAAGUAGAUGCAGAAAUCGAUCGUUUGGUAAGAAUAGGUAAUUUGGAACAAGUUGAGGUGAGUGAAUGGGCUACUCCAGUAGUUCCUGUGGUGAAAGGGGAAGGAGUUCGUUUAUGCGGAAAUUUUAAAUUAACAGUGAAUCCUCAAAUAAUUGUUAAAAGAUAUCCAUUACCCUUAAAAGAAAAAGUGUUUCAGACGUUAAAGGUUGGAACCAAAUGGUCCCAAAUUGAUUUAAAACAUGCAUUUAUGCAAUUUGAAGUUGCUGAAAAUUGUAGAGAUCCAUUGACAAUAAUCACACAGAAAGGUUUGUUUAGGUACAAAAAAUUGCCAGAGGGUGUAGCCUCCAGCCCAGCAGAAUGUCAAGAUAUUGUUACUGAUAUUUUGAAAGGUAUUCCGAAUAUUGAAAUUUACAUAGAUAAUAUUUAUUGCACAGGAAAGAAUGAUUCAGAGCAUCUCGAUAAUUUAGAAAAAAUAUUUUAUAAGUUAAAUGAAGCAGGACUUAAAGUAAACGAAUCAAAAUGUGAAUUUUUCAGGUCUGAAAUAGAGAUAUUAGGAUUCAAAUUGGACAAAAAUGGUUUAUCACCAUCUCCUAGUAGAAUUCAUUCAAUUGUGAAUAUGCCUUCUCCAAAAACUAAAAAAGAACUUCAAGCAUUUUUAGGGUUAGUAAAUUUUUACGAGUCAUUUUUGUAUAAGCGAGCUGAUCAACUAAAGGUAUUGUACGAUGUUUUGAAAGAGAGCAAAUUUUAUUGGAAUUCUAAUUGUGAUCAAGCAGUUAAUUGGGUAAAGAAGGAAUUAGCAUCGGAUAAAGUUUUGGUUCCAUAUCAGCAAGAUAUUACUUUAGCAUUGGCUACAGACGCAAGUUACUCAGGGUUGUCAGCUAUUUUGUCUCACAGAUUUUCAGACGGUACAGAGAGACCAAUUGCCUUUUCUUCUAAAUUAAUACCUCAUAAUGAGUUACAUCGAUCUAUUCUAGAUAAAGAGGCAGCAGCUAUAAUUUUUGGGUUUAGAAAAUUUUAUCAUUAUAUUGUUGAAACAAAAAAAGAUAAGGUUUUAUGUGAUGUGAAAAGAAAGUUAAUGUUUGGAUGGGUAGAAAAUUCAAAUGAUAUUUCUUUGGAAGAGAAAAUGUAUUUUGAUAAGAAAACAGAAUUAAGUAUUGAGAAUGAAUGUCUUGUUCGAGGUUCUAGACUAAUAAUACCAAAAGCAUUGCGAAAAACUUUAUUGAAAUCACUUCACCAGUCUCAUUUUGGUAUUGUUAGAAUGAAACAAGUAGCUCGUUCGUUUUUUUGGUGGCCGGGUUUGGACGAUGAUAUAGAAAAAUUAGCAAAUAGUUUCAUAGUUGAUGCACACAGUAAAUGGCCUGAAGCUAUAAAUAUGAAAAAUAACACCUCAGCUAGUAAAUUGAUUGAAGUUUUUGAUUCUAUUUUUUCGAGGUUUGGAUUAUGUGAUCAUUUAGUCUCAGACAAUGGUCCACAAUUUGCAAGUGAAGAGUUUAAUGAAUUUUUGAAAUCGUUAGGUAUACGGCACACAUAUUCUCCACCCUAUCACCCAGCAACUAAUGGAGCAGCAGAAAAUUUUGUGGGUACAUUUAAAAAUAAGGUUUUGAAAAUUACAGGAGAGGAUAAAAAUAAAAUAAGUAAAAUUGAUUUCAAGUUGGGAGAUGUGGUUUUAGUAGAUGUUUACAACAAUAAUAAGAGGCACCGAGUACAAGCAAAAAUCGUUGAAAAAUUAUCACCAGUUACAUUUAACUUGUUAUGUGAUGGAGGACGAAUUAUAAAAAGACAUGUUAAUCAAAUGUUGAAAUUUUUAAGUAAUGACAAUGAUAUAAAUAAAGACUUGAAAGAUGAUAUAAGUAUAAGGAGAUCUGAACGCUUGAAAAAUUUAAAUAAAUGA